UUUUUCUGAUUCUUUAUUUUUGAUACUGAGGCGUGUCCACCCGCCGCCAUGUUGUCCAGUGACGUCACCAACCAGGAAGUGAGCUCGCGGGUCUCUGUGGCAGCGGCUGAGGCUCGCGGACCAAAACAGCUCUUCUUCCUCCUCAUCAUCAUCCUCAUCCUCCUCCUCCUCUCGGACCAUGGACCGGAGUCAAGGCUCAGAUCACCUGUUGGUUUCUGUGAGAACAUGAGCUCCGCCCACCUGUCCACAGUGGAUGGCACUGAUAGGCUGUGUGUUUCUGAGCGCGCUCAGUGCGUCCCGUCUCCAGUGCUGCACCUGCGGCAGCUUCCUGCUGACACCUCUGAACAGGAAGUGGUCGACCUGGCACUUCCCUUCGGCAGAGUCUCCAAACUGAUCACACUGAGGACCAAAAACCAGGCGUUUGUUGAGAUGGCGUCAGAGGAAGCAGCCGUUACCAUGGUGAACUACUACGCCUCAGCCCCGCCCACCAUCAGGAACCAGCCAGUCUUCAUUCAGUACUCCACCCACAGAGAGCUGAAGACUGACAAUCUGACCAAUCAGGUGAAGAGGAGCCUCUCAGGCCCCGCCCACUGCAUUGUGAGCGACAGAGUGGGCGGAGCCUCAGCUAGUAAUCUGUCUCCGUACCAGCAGAGGGCGCUGCAGGCCAUCAGCACGGCAGCGGUGCAUUCUGGGAGCCUGGUGUCGCCAGAGGGGCGGGGCUUAAUCCCGGCGCCCAGCGCGGUUCUGAGGAUCAUCGUGGAGAACCUGUUCUACCCGGUGACCCUGGAGGUCCUGCAGCAGAUCUUCAGUAAGUUCGGCUCCGUCCUGAAGAUCAUCACCUUCACCAGGAACAACCAGUUCCAGGCUCUGCUGCAGUUCAGCGACGCCGCCAGCGCUCAGCACGCCAAGGCGUCCCUGGACGGCCAGAACAUCUACAACGGCUGCUGCACGCUGCGCAUCGACUUCUCCAAACUGAGCGCGCUCAACGUCAAGUACAACAACGACAAGAGCCGCGACUUCACCAGAGCCGACCUGCCCAGCGGAGAGCUGGACCCGGCCGGCGCCGGCGCCGCCGCCUUCGGUGUAGCUCUGCCGCCAUACGGAGCCGCGGCGUUCCCGCCCUCCUUCCACCAGCACGCGGGUCUCCCCGUCCCCGGCUCGCUGAUGUCCCCUCCUCGCAUGGCGCUGCAGGUGGCGCCCCCUGCGGGCCACUCGGUGCUGCUGGUGUCCAACCUGGACCCGGAGAGAGUUUCCCCCCACUGCCUCUUCGUCCUGUUCGGGGUUUACGGCGACGUCCAGCGGGUCAAGAUCCUGUUCAACAAGCAGGAGAACGCGCUGGUCCAGAUGAGCGACGCCACGCAGGCGCAGCUGGCGAUGAGCCACCUGAACGGCCAGCGUCUCCAUGGAAACGUGGUCCGGGUGACGCUGUCCAAGCACCCGGUGGUGCAGCUGCCGCGCGGGGGGGCGGGGCCAGAGGAGCAGACGCUGACGCAGGACUUCUCAGGCUCCGCCCUCCACCGCUUCAAGAAGCCCGGCUCCAAGAACUUCAACAACAUCUUCCCUCCGUCAGCGACGCUGCACCUGUCCAACAUCCCGUNGUCGGUGGGCGAAGACGCCCUGAAGGACCUGUUCUCCUCCAGAGGUUUCGCUGUCAAGGCCUUCAAGUUCUUCCAGAAGGACAGGAAGAUGGCGCUGCUGCAGCUGGCGUCGGUGGAGGAGGCGGUGGAGGCGCUGAUCGCCCUCCACGACCAGCAGCUGGACCACAACCAGCACCUCCGCGUCUCAUUCUCCAAGUCCACCAUCUGACCCCGCCCCCCCGCCGCCCAGCGGCCAAUCGGACGGCAGCCGGGGCCGGGCCUCGUCGCCAUGGCUACGGACGUUCCUGAGCACAUUCUCGAGCGGCGGCAGCGGAGCAUUGUGGGUAAUGGAGUCAGGACCGGGAGAACUCGUGCGGAUGUUCCGGUUCCUGCUGGAACCGUUUUGUUUGAACUCUUCAUCGUCGU